CCGCAUUCAUUCUCGUCGGCAGAUGGCGGAUGUAGUAGUCGCCCUCCGUCAGUCGCGCAUAGACAACUUGCCGAGCGCAGUGUGAUUGCGAUUCGCUCAGCACCAUUUUGUGUGUAUCGUUCGAACGGGACAUUGUGUGUAUGUGCUCCGUGAAUAAUUGUGAAGAACGACUAUUAACCAAAAGUUUUAAGUCGUGUUUAGUGUUUAACUUUCGACAUGCCCGCGGAGGGAUCGAUGCGAUAUCUCGGGCGCCUUUAGAAACCGCGCCUCCGUCAUGAGCGAGUGAUCGUCGACGUAAAAAAAGUUAACACAGGAAACAUGUCUGGGCGGACCGCCGACGCGGAUGCGAGCGAAGGGUUCGUGUUCGAAAUUCGAAAGCGGUCAUGUCAUCGCCUCUCGGAUUUCGUAUAAGUCACCGUCCAAUGUCAAAAUCGUGCACGUACCGCGAGCGCCGACCCUCCGGAUCGUGCGGAAAAUGCAAUCGUUGGUAGUUUGGUGGGCGGUGGUGUCUGCGGCCUGGGCGCUGGCGGGCGCGUGCUCCAGCUCCAUCUCCAAGCGGCCCGCGAGGCCCGCGCGUCCGCAGCGCCCGCAGCCGCCGCCCCCGCCGCAGCCGCGGCUCAACGUCACCUUCCCUACGUUCAAGUGCGAGCAGGAGUACUCAGAGUACUACUGCCUCAACGGCGGAGUGUGUUUUACCGUGGUGAUAUCGGACAGUCCCAUUUACAACUGUGAAUGCCGUAGCGGGUUCGUGGGUCAGCGAUGCGAGUUCAAGGACUUGGACGACUCGUACGUGCUGACGAGCCGCCAGCUCAUGAUGGAGACGGCGUCGAUCGCCGGCGGGGCGACCGUGGCGGUGUUCCUGGCGAUUCUAGUCUGCUUCGGCGCGUGGGUGCGCCUGCACCGGCGGGCGAAGGCGCCGCCCUUCUCGGAGGAGCGCGGGCAGGUGCAGCUGGUGGCAGUGGCGGCGCCCCGCGGCCGCGUGUCGCUCUGCAAGGCUCUGCCCGACCAUCCACCUCACUAGCACAGCACGGACUGUUUUGUUUAUACUGUCGUGUAUAUAUAGAUAGAUUAUGUGUUAAGUUAUGUUGAGAGAACAAAAGAUAUAAGCAAAAUUUAUGUGAUAAUUAUUUUACGGAGUUUAUAAUUUAUUUCAAAGGAAUUUCUUUGUAUAUAUGAUCGAAUCCCUUUGGAAGUCACAGUUCCAAAAUUUCAGUCUCCCAGUGUUCAUUUUGUGAAUUGUAUUCUAUAUUUGUUCAACAGUGUAUAUUGAAUGUGUGAGAUGGAACAACCUGUACCUUGCUACUCGCUUCGAGCUGUUAUAAUGUUAUAUGUUGUUGUGGCACUGUAUCUGUAGAUACAGAGGCCGAAGUUGCCCCUCAGGCCAAAGAAGCAUUUCCCAAUUUGCCUGUUUCUGGCUAGAAACAGAAUAAAGUUGGAGUAGUGCUUGUUUGGCCAGAGCUGCUGGUGUGUGCAGCAUCCCAGCUGUCGCAGUGGCUUGCUGCACACACUGCAUGUUAUUGUUUGUUAUAGUAGCAAAAGUUACUGGUUAGGGUCUUAAGCCAGAGUACUGUCUAGGUAAUUGUCAAUCAAUGUUAAUUGUAUUUAUUAUAUUCCAUUCUAUAUAAAUAGAAUUGUGAUGAAUUGAAUGCUUGUGCGAGGCAGCGAGUAGUUGGUUCCUAUAGCCGUCGGGCGGGAGCCCGCACAUUCCAUCGUGGAUAGAGUAUUUACUGGUGUCAGUAUUAUUUUGUAAUACAAUUAAGCCGGCAGCUUUACUUUAUUUUAAUUUAUACCUGAUAUCCCGCUGGGAUAGUGCUGUAUUAUAUUUGUUUGAAGGCUGAAAUGUGCCCUUAUUAAAGGCUCCUUGUAAAUAUAGCCUGUGUAGGUAUUUAUUAGAUAUUUAUGAUCGUUUAUUUAUUGACUGCUUUAUUUAGUAAAUGUUGAUCAGCAGUAGCCAGCCUACUGCAUGUCGGUCAGCGGCAGCCGGCCUACUGGAUGGCCACGGUUGCAUUUCAUUCACCCUGCUAAGCAUGGCCUCGCGUAUUAUGCCCUAUUGUAAUCUCAUUAUGAAUCUCCAUUUAGUCCUGUAUUUUGUAAAAAAUUGAAUAUUACGUUGGAUGGUGUAAAAUUUGCUACCGUCCAGUGCAGAUCGCCCAGUAAGCUUUGUCUAUAUUCUUGCCGCAAACAAUGUUUCACCAUUUUUGGCCUAGUAUAACAUGGUAUCUGAAAAACUAUGUUAAACAAAUAUUUAGCAUACAUUUGAAUGUAUUUAAAUGAUAUAAACAAUUUGGCAAAGUAAACUUGCCAUAGUUAUUGUGAAAAUAAUAAAAAUAUGUAAAUCCCAUGGAAUACUUAGUUUUAACAUGUGAAACAUUGAAAACCUACUUUAUGCUCUCUAUUUAAUGUCUAAUUCGUAAUUUUCCAUUUCAUUUGGGACCUGCACUGGUCGGGGCUGUAAAAAAAUAGUAAAUUUUGUCAAUAGGCUGCGAGACGGGCGGGGCCGCCGGCGCGGCGCUGUUUUAUAUUAGACCCUAAUGUACCAUUCUGUGGCUUUUCACCAGUUGACGAAUGCGGAGCGCCGGCCGCCGACCCAGCCCCGGAGCCCUAAUCCUAAACGGGUGUCUGUAAAUUGAUUCAUAUGAGGUUGUCUAUAUGAACAUUCCAAAGUACUUGUAUAAUAUACCUACAUCCUCAAAUAAUUUUGAAGUAUCUGUUAAGACGCUACUUGUUAAUUAUACAGUUUUCUAUUGAUCAUUUGUUAAAAGAAAAUUAUACGAAACUAAAUCCUUAACAAA